AUGUCUCGCAGAUAUGAUUCAAGAACGACCAUCUUCUCCCCCGAAGGCCGAUUAUAUCAAGUGGAAUACGCCCUCGAAGCCAUUUCGCAUGCCGGUACAGCUCUAGGAAUAUUAGCACAAGAUGGGAUCGUUCUGGCGGCGGAGCGCAAGGUCACAAGCAAACUACUGGAACAAGAUACUUCGGCUGAGAAGCUGUACAUUUUGAAUGAUAACAUGAUUUGCGCCGUAGCAGGCAUGACUGCGGACGCCAAUAUCUUGAUCAACACUGCCCGACAAACAGCUCAGCGUUAUCUGUUAACUUACAACGAAGACAUUCCCUGCGAACAAUUGGUUCGAAGUCUCUGCAAUCUGAAGCAAAACUACACACAGCACGGUGGUUUGCGACCCUUUGGCGUCUCCUUCAUCUACGCCGGGUGGGACCCUCAGCGUCAAUUCCAACUGUACCAGAGCAAUCCGUCCGGAAACUAUGGAGGUUGGAAGGCCACAAGUGUGGGCGCGAACAAUGCAAGUGCACAGAGUCUCCUGAAACAGGAUUACAAAGAGGACUGCGAUUUGAAGGAGGCGUGUGGUAUGGCGGUGAAGGUGUUGAGCAAGACGAUGGACUCAACCAGGCUAAGUAGUGAGAAAGUGGAAUUCGCAACGGUUGGGAAAACAAAAGAUGGAAAAAUCUACCACCAUCUCUGGUCAGGGGAGGAGAUCAUGACCCUUCUCAAAGAGCACGGGUUGGCCAAGGAAGAAGAACCUGAGACUGGCUAG